CCUAUUGCUAUAUAAGCCCGCUCGCACCCGACCAAGUCCAUCGCUUCCUCCAAGUUUCGCAGAUCUUGCAGCCUUCAGAAAUCAGUCGAUCGAGAGCUCGAUUAGGCCGAGAUGUCUGGAAGAGGAAAGGGCGGCAAGGGAUUGGGCAAGGGCGGCGCGAAGCGCCACCGCAAAGUGCUUCGCGACAACAUCCAGGGCAUCACCAAGCCGGCGAUCCGGCGCUUGGCAAGGAGGGGCGGCGUGAAGCGCAUCAGCGGCCUGAUCUACGAGGAGACGCGCGGCGUCCUAAAGAUCUUCCUUGAGAAUGUGAUCCGUGACGCUGUGACCUACACGGAGCACGCUCGGAGGAAGACCGUCACCGCCAUGGACGUCGUCUACGCGCUAAAGAGGCAGGGAAGGACUCUGUAUGGCUUCGGUGGUUAAUUAGACAUGCCUAUUUACUGGAAAUAGUUCCAAAGUAUAAUGUCGUAGUUAGAUUGUUCCUAGAAUUGGUUUGUAAUGUGUUUGGAAUUUGAUCGUGUUGUCUUGUAUUACUAAUCUGAGUUCUUAGAUUUCCAGAAUUAGUUUUAAAUAUAAUUUAAGUGACUUUGUAAUGUAUUUUUAAUCAUCAAGAAAGUCCUUUUGUUUCUAUGUUUUCAA